AUGAUUUUUUCGAAUAGCACAACAGCUACAUCGGACACUGUUACUGAACAACCCGAUAUUUUGUUUUUGAUAUCUCAAGUGGUUUUUGUGUUGUUAAAUUUACUAUCCAUUAUUGGCUCAGUGAUUGUUUUCAUAGUAUUUUUCAUUGAGUCGACUCAUAUUUUCAAUACUGGUACACAAACCACAGGCAAUGGCCAACCACAAGGUGAUGAAAUCAAUCAAUUUUCCGAAAAUUUAAAUGAAAUCUCUUCUAGUCGGAUUGGAAAUCAUUCAUUUUCUUUAACCAUACGGGAUCAUGAAAGUGGAUCAUUAACCACUCAUUAUCGUAAAUCUAUGAAUUCAAGUUUUUCAAAUGGACUCAUCAAUAGAAAAAAGAAACAAUUUAUUCGGAGAACGAUGCUCAUGUUGUGUGUAUCGGAUUUAUUAUUUAGCACUAGUAAUAUUUUGUUCACUGUUUGGUCUUGGUGUACCAGUUAUAUUCCUAAUUUGAAUGUGUCAGAUGAUAAUGUCUCAAAUAUUUCAUGGAUUAUUAGUCAUAUAUUUUCACAUGGAAACUUUGCUUUUGCUCUUUGUAGUGCUACAUGGAGCGUUAGCAUUGCUAUUGCAAUUUAUACAACCACUAAGAAGGUGAAAUGGAUGGAAGAGAAUUUUGCCUAUGAUAUCAUAUUUCAUGUCGUUUCAUGGGGAAUUGCCUUUAUUACAUUUACAGCCGUUUUUUCGUACCGAGUGGCUUCGAGAAUGACUGGAUUUCAUGCAGACCAUCCAGUUGUCGAGAGUUAUUUAUUGACAUUUUUCAAUUUCUUUGGAGCUUUCUAUUUGGCAAUUGCAGCAAUUGUGGAUUGUGUUGUGAUCGUCCUAAUUUGGAGACAUGUAGGAGCAAUUUUAUCUGCCUCACAACUGCGUGUAGCUGUCAAACAAGAAACAAAAAGGGCUCAACGAAGAAUUAUUGUCAAGCUAAGCUUUUAUCUACUACCAUUCUUACUAUCUUCAAGCUGCUUGAUCAUUUGGUUCUUCUACAAUGGACUACAAAAUCUUGUGGGUAGACCUGAUGAAAACUUUGAGUAUUACUUUUAUAUUUUCUUUUAUAACACACUUGUACCACUUCAAGGAUUUUUGAAUGUGACUGUGUACUCUCUAGGUUUACCAAGUGUACGAUCCUCAAUCAUGAAACUUCUUCGUUGUGAGUACUGUAUUCCUAAGGGAAGCCACGAAGAACGAAUUUCGCUCAAUUCAUCCUCAACUGUUGAAGGAUUUGAUAAGGAGUGA